AGAAGAGACCAUUCCAAGGACUCUGGCUGGCCCAGGGGUUCUAUCCUUGCAGCUCAGGAAGCUGUGCACCGACACCUUCGUCUUGGCUUGUGCUCUCCGAGGGCACAAACCAGGCUGAUUCCCUCCCUGGCGAGAAAGGAAGAACCCACUCAUUGUGCCCACUGCAGAGGGCACUAAAUGCCUCUGGGAGACCUUCGCUCUGGAGGACAUUCCUGGGUGGAACACCAUGGUAGCCCAGUGCCUUGUACUACUUGUUUCUGUGCUCGUCUUGGCUGCCCCAGGCUACUCCAUGCAUACACAAACCUUAAACAUCUUCAAGAAAUCUCCUUCCAACACUUUGGCAAGUGCUCUGAGAAAACCAGUACGUAACCUCCCGUGGGACUGCAGUGAGGUCCCUGCUGGCAGCCCCAGUGGUGUCUAUGUCAUCCAGCCCACUGGCCUGCACCCCAUCCUGGUGUCCUGUGAGAUGGAUGGGAGGGAUGGGGGCUGGACGGUCAUCCAGAGGAACCGGCAGAGCACGGAGAUCACCUGGGCUGAGUCCUGGAGCACCUACAAGCACGGCUUUGGGAAUGUGCACACUGAAUACUGGCUGGGCACUGAGUACAUCCAUCAGAUCUCCAAGCAGAAGGUCUACCAGGUCAGGUUCAUCAUCUGGGAUGCUUCAAACAACACCAAGUUUGCAGACUACAACUUCUUCGCUGUGGAAGAUGAGUCCCACGGCUACCGGCUGAGGCUGGGAACUUACUCAGGGACAGCGGGAGAUGCCAUGGACUCAGACAACCCUAGGGAUGUGCACAACAACAUGAGGUUCUCCACCAAAGAUCGAGAUCAGGACACUUACAGAGGGAACUGUGCCUCCCGCUACGGGGGUGGGUGGUGGUACUCAGCCUGUUAUGCUGCACGGCUGAAUGUCAAGGGGGGCAUCACGUGGGGCAGCCUGUGCAAUGGGAACUGCAAAGCCUCUGCCAUCCUCAUCAAACCAGCCCCAUACCAGUAGCACUCUGCCCUGUCUGCACUGGGAACGUGGCCAGACCAGUGCCCUGCUGGGGCCCGUUGUGCAGGAUGGGGGACAAGGGGUGAAAAGGGCUGCUCCUGCAUAGCAAAAGCUGUUUUCUUCUUCUCUUGCAAAGUAGAAAAGCUCCCUGCUUUGGGUUGGGCCUUUCACCUGCGGUUGGUUUUUAGGGAUCGGUAUCUUUGAGCAACCUGGUCUUGUGGGAGGUGGCCUGGCCCAUGGCAGAGAGUAGGAACUAGAUGAUCUUUAAAGUCCCUCCCAACCCCAAACCAGUCUGAGAUUCUGUGAUUGUAUCAGAGCCAAGUUUUUAUAAAUGCUGGGGUUCCCAACCAAGUUCCAACCAAGCAGGGAGAAAAACUGCUCAGAAACCCACACCCCUCCUGAUCCAGCAAGACUUUAUACUCUUUCUGCUUUGCAGGUACAGAUGGCAUCAGUAGAAAAAAUACCAAUCACUAACCUGCUCUAAACUGCUCUGAGCCCAGGCACACAUGUCCCUGCUGUAUUCUCUAAUCACCUUGCAGAAUAAAGUUGCUUUCUGAAUCUUGCACACACUUGUCCUCCAUUUGUUUGGGA